UGUGGUGUGUGUGUGUGUGUGUGUGUGAUGAGGCUCUCCGAGGAAAUCCACACACUUAUAUGAAUGUGUCACAGGAAUGAUAAUGAUUUCUCCGGAGGUGAAGCUGAUGAAGCAUUGAUUGCUCUCGGGGCGGGUCUCCGGUGAACGGCUCCGGUAGAUAACGGCUUUACCGACUUAUUAAGAGCACGGGAGGUUUGAUGCUUAAUGUUGUAAAGGCGCUUUGAAAGCAGGCUGAAACCGAGGAGCUCGUGAACAUCUUCACUGUCUUCACUCGCGCGAACGCGCAGCGGCUCUUUUGUUCUCACGCCCCAUUGAGCGCGACGCGAGCAGAACGCGAGCGUUACGACCAGAGGAGAGUCUGAACCGAGGAAGAAGGAGAGAGAGAAGAGGAGGAUGAAGGAUGAAGGGUGUGGUCGUGUCUAGUUCGUUAUAUUGAGAGUGAAUCAGGUGCAGAGCUGACCUCAGCGCUUUAAUAGCGCGGGAAUAUUCAUGAGUGUACGUCAGUGCAGACGCAUUUCAAUAUUAAAUUAAAAGGCCCUCGCUGGACAAAAGCCUCCUUGGACGCUGAUGGACAAGGUUGAGAAGAAUGAAGAGGCCGAUCAGGAGAUCAAGCAGGAUGGAACCAAACCGGAGGAAAACGCCCACAAGGCCGCCACCAAGAUCCAGGCCAGCUUCCGUGGACACAUCACCCGGAAAAAGAUGAAGGAUGAAGACAAAGAUGGGGAGAAUGACACUGCUCCGGAUGAAUCCGCCGAGACAGAGGAGAAGAAGGAGCGAGUCUCUCCAUCAGAGGAGAAACCAGUCGAGGUUUCCACGGAAACAGCAGAGGAGAGCAAACCAGCCGAGCAGCCCAACUCACCUGCCGCUGAAGCCCCGCCCACCGCCGCCACUGACUCCGCCCCCUCGGACACGCCCACUAAAGAGGAAGCGCAGGAGCAGCUGCAGGACGCGGAGGAGCCAAAAGAGGCGGAGAACACGGCGGCCGCUGACGACAUAACCACACAGAAGGAGGAAGAGAAGGAAGAGGAGGAAGAGGAAGAGGAAGAGGAAGCCAAACGAGCCCAUGUGCCUGACGACACCCCCGCUGCCACCGAGAGCCAGGAAACAGACCAAACUGACAAAAAAGAGGCCCUCGACGACUCCAAACCAGCAGAGGAGGCCGGCAAAGACCAGAAUGUUUAACGGACGACCAGUGAAAUGUAAAAGCAUAAGUAAUCGACAGACUGCACUUGAUGAUGAAGACGGUCUGUUUUUAUGUUUGUCCUCUCUUUUCUGGUGUGGCAAUGAUUUUCUGAGGUUUGGAGGGAGUUUUCGAUCGCAGACGGACACAAGCCUCCAUCUGUCCGGAUCUUCUUCUGAAUCACCAGAAUCCUUCCUCCAGAGAAGAGAACCUUCUCACACGCUCACAACUAAUACACGUGGCUUCUUUUCAUGUCCUUGGUGUUGUUUCAUUGAAGAUAUUGCUGCACUGAUGUUAAAAAUCGAGAAAAUCCAACAAAAAGAAAAAGCGCCAGCCUUUCUGUUCAAGUGAGUUUGAAUCUAAGGAGUAAAAUCGUGGAAAAUGGUUUCGUCUGUUUUCAGAAUAAAGAAUGUGCCAAUUAUGUUAA